CAGACGUCCAGCAGCUGAUCGGUAAUCCAGAAGAAGUUUCCCCUCAGUUAGGGGGGAGCUCCACUUUGAAGCAGGAGACUCCACAACCACCCUGCAUUAAAAAGGAAGAGGAGGAACUCUGCAUCACUCAGGAGGGAGAGUGUCUUCUAGGACGAGAGGAAGCUGAUUACACCAAGUUUCCACUGAGUAUUCUCUCUGUGAAGACUGAAGAUGAUGAAGAGAAACCACAAGCAGACAACCUCUUAGCUCCACUAUCAGAUAGUGAGGCUGAAGACGAGGUCGAAGUAACUUUGAGCAGCGAUACAGACUGUGAAGGUGAUAUGAGGACUCACACUGACAACAAACACUCUGAAUGCUCUUCAAAGAAGAGAGGUAAAACAUGUUUGAGCUGCUCAGUUUGUGCUAAAAGUUUUUCUGUUAAGAGCAUGUUGACCCGACACAUGAGAACACACACAGGUGAAAAAACAUUUAAUUGUUCAGUUUGUGGCAAAAGCUUUUCUCAAAAUAGCUCUUUGACUGAACACAUGAGAACACACACAGGUGAAAAAACAUUUAAAUGUUCAGUUUGUGGCAAAAGCUUUUCUCAAAAUAGAUAUUUGACUGAACACAUGAGAAGACACACAGGUGAAAAAACAUUUAGUUGUUCAGUUUGUGGCAAAGGCUUUUCUACCAGGAGCCAUUUGUGUCAACACAUGAGAACACACACAGGUGAAAAACCUUUUAAUUGUUCAGUUUGUGGCAAAGGCUUUUCUCAAACGAGCCAUUUGAUUCAACACAUGAGAUCACACACAGGUGAAAAACCUUUUAAUUGUUCAGUUUGUGGCAAAAGCUUUUCUCAAACGGGCCAUUUGAUUCAACACAUGAGAUCACACACAGGUGAAAAACCUUUUAAUUGUUCAGUUUGUGGCAAAAGCUUUUGUCGAAAUUUCCAUUUGACUGAACACAUGAGAACACACACAGGUGAAAAACCAUUUAAUUGUUCAGUUUGUGGCAACAGCUUUUCUCAAAAUAGCUCUUUGACCCAACACAUGAGAAGACACACAGGUGAAAAAACAUUUAAAUGUUCAGUUUGUGGCAAAAGCUUUUCUCAAAAUAGAUAUUUGACUGGACACAUAAGAACACACACAGGUGAAAAAACAUUUAGUUGUUCAGUUUGUGGCAAAAGCUUUUCUACAAAGAGCAAUUUGAGUCAACACAUGAGAACACAUGCAGGUAAAAAUCCUUUAAAUUGUUCAGUUUGUGGCAAAAGCUUUUCUCAAAAGAGCCAUUUAACUCAACACAUGAGAACACACACAGGUGAAAAACCUUUUAAUUGUUCAGUUUGUGGCAAAACCUUUUCUCAAAAGAGCCAUUUGACUCAACACAUGAGAACACACAGGUGAAAAACCUUUUAAUUGUUCAAUUUGUGGUAAAAGCUUUUCUUGUAAGAGGAAUUUGAACACAUGAGAACCCACACAGGUGAAAAACCAUUGCACUGUUCAGUUUGUGGUAAAAGCUUUUCUCAAAAUAGCUCUUUGACUCAACACAUGAGAACACACACAGGUGAAAAAACAUUUAAAUGUU